AUGGCGUCGUUUAAGCUGAUGUUAUUGGUCAUGAUGGUGUUACAGAACUCAUCGACCGUCUUGGUUGGUCGUUACACACGAUCUGCCGUCGCAAAAGAGGAUCUCUACAGUGUUAGUCACCUAAUCAUCUUGACGGAAUGCAGCAAAUUUCUCCUUUCGUGCGGGCUGGAAUUCUACACCACUGGCGGGCAGCUCUAUGAGUCGCUCCAGCAGCACGUAUUUAAGCGACCUACGGAUGCACUGAAGAUCCUUGUGCCGGCCUUAUUGUAUCUGGUGCAGAACACCCUUUUGUAUGUCGCCCUAUCUAAUCUGACGGCACCCAUUUUUCAGGUCACCUACCAAGCGAAACUAGUCACAACGGCUCUCGUCAGUGUUCUUUUGUUACAGAGGUCUUACAGCCUUCAACAGUGGGUCUGUCUUUGUCUUCUUAGUUUUGGCGUUGCAACCGUUGUCUUGGGAGAAAAGUCCGGAGCACAGGAUGCUAAGGCCGACCUGCAGCAAAAUCUGUUCGUCGGACUUAUAGCUGUAACGGUUGCCUGUAUGUCAAGUGCGCUUGCUGGGGUCUAUUUCGAAAUGGUUCUAAAAAAACCCAGUACAGGCGAGGAUGCUCAACAGCCCGCUUCAUUGUGGAUGCGCAACAUGCAGCUCGCCUUUUUCUCUAUUGUUAUUGCCGUCCUCCAGUCUUCGACUGAGACCCCCAAGGAAGAGUUCAUCGGAAAGCCUUAUCUACACGGCUUUACUCCAUGGGUGUGGACAUUGGUGGUCUUGCAGGCCGGAGGUGGACUGUUGGUCGCAGCCGUCAUCAAAUAUGCCGACAACGUUCUCAAGGGGUUGGCGACGGGUGUAAGUGUUGUAUUUUCCACCUUCCUGUCGAUUAUAUGCUUCGGUACUCCCUUGUCGAACCACUUUGUCGCCGGUGCGGCAAUGAUCUUGAUCAGUGUGUACUUUUUCAGCAAUCCAUUGCCGAUGAAAUCCAAGAAAGAAACUGAGAUGAAAAGUCUGAUUCCUAAAUAGGUAUCGAGGACCUAAAAGCUAGUUUUUUGCGAUAGCUUGUGA